CUCUUUAUGUCGGUAAAACGGUAUUCGCCUGCUUAGCAUGGUUAUCAGACCUUCAAAUGACCUUUUAUUCGUGUCCUCUCCUCUCUUAAUAAUUUUUGACAGUUCUGUCCAGUAUCAGUUGGGGAGUGCAUUAGUUCCAAUUAGAAUCUUCAAAUAAAAAUCCACUAUGUCUACUUACUUCCAGUACCCCACCCCCGAACUCCAGGAGGAGCUCAAGAAGAUCGCUCAGGCGAUUGUUGCUCCUGGAAAGGGUAUCUUGGCAGCUGAUGAGUCCACUGGUACCAUGGGCAAGCGCCUCCAAGACAUCGGCGUUGAGAACACUGAAGAAAACCGUCGCAAGUACCGUCAACUCCUCUUCAGCUCGGAUCCGGCUGUGUCUGAGAACAUCUCCGGUGUCAUCCUCUUCCACGAGACCCUUUACCAGAAAGCCGAUGACGGAACUCCCUUGGUUGCCUUGUUGGAGAAGCGUGGAAUCAUCCCCGGUAUCAAGGUCGACAAAGGUGUUGUACCACUCUUCGGCUCUGAAGACGAAUGCACUACCCAGGGUUUGGAUGACUUAGCUCAACGUUGUGCUCAAUACAAGAAAGAUGGCUGCCACUUCGCCAAGUGGCGUUGUGUGCUCAAGAUCGGCCGCAACACACCUUCGUACCAGUCUAUUCUGGAGAACGCGAACGUUCUUGCUCGUUACGCUUCCAUCUGCCAGAGCCAACGCAUCGUACCUAUUGUUGAGCCUGAAGUACUUCCCGAUGGCGAGCACGACUUGGACCGUGCACAGAAGGUGACUGAAACUGUAUUGGCCGCCGUAUACAAGGCGCUCAACGACCACCAUGUCUUCCUCGAGGGUACUCUCCUCAAGCCUAACAUGGUAACCGCCGGACAAUCCUGCAAGAAAACUUACACAGCAAUGGACAUCGGUCGCGCCACCGUCACCGCUCUCCUCAGAACCGUGCCUGCUGCUGUUCCCGGAGUAACAUUCCUCUCUGGCGGUCAAUCCGAGGAAGAGGCUUCAGUUAACCUGAACGCCAUCAACACCGUCGAGCUGAAGAGGCCGUGGGCUCUUACCUUCAGUUACGGUCGCGCCUUACAGGCCUCCGUACUCCGCGCUUGGGGAGGCAAGCAGGAGAAUGUGCUCGCUGGACAGCAGGAACUUAUUAAGCGUGCUAAGGCUAACGGUCUUGCCUGCCAAGGUAAAUAUGAAGCUGGUUCGAUUCCCUCUCUCGCCGCUUCAAAGUCCAACUUUGCUAACGGUCAAGCAUCCCAGGGCAAAUACGUCGCUGGAUCCGUAACAGGUGUGGGCGCUGAAGCCGGUCUUUUCGUUGCUAACCACGCAUACUAAACAUAACAUACAUACACAGACCAACAAAUACGCUCUUAUAUAACUGUGACUUGAACAAAACUACUGGAAUAAUUGUUUAUUCCUUAUUUCUUAAGCACAAUGAAAACCUAACUAUUUUAAAAUGUCGAUUCAUACGUAAAACAGGACAGAAGCUUAAAAAAAAAUAUUUUUGCUUUGAAGAUAUAUCAUAUUUAAUUAUCUGUACACCAAUUUUAGCGCCUACAUAGAUGAAGAAGUUAUUUACAAAAUUAGAUAAUAUCUGUGUUGAGCGCGAAAUUAAAACAAGAUGGCGCCGCUUUCCAUAAAUUGAUGGGCUCUAUAUACAUUCACACUAAGAGAUCAAAAUAUAAAUGCCAAUUGGCAUUAAUUUUUUAGAAUUUUAGGAUGAAUGUUAUUUACUUAGUCCUCAAAAUUUGAGAUUAUUAGAUGAGAAGAAAAAUAUUUAUCAUUAAAGUCGUAAAUGUAGUAUUGUGUAAAUGUCAUUAGAAAAAUUUGAAUUAAUCAUCAUUUAGAUGCUUUAUAAUCUGUGGCAGUAAUAUAUUACAUUCUUUUUAGAAAUAUAAUAAGUACCUAAUUUAUUUUUAACAAUCAAUAAAAGUGACAGUUUAUAUGGAUAUUUUUUAUGAAUAUUAUUUUAUAAUAUAUCUACUUUAGGUUUUUAAUGUAUUUUGAUAUUAAGCGUAAAAUAUAAUAAAAUAGUUGUUCUAUAA